CUCGAUUCUCUGCACUGCCCGGGCUUACUGUGGGGAUAAGAGACUGGCGAGCGCAUCGUAAAGCCCCGGCGACAACGGCGACUAAGGGUUGUUGCUCUCUCUAUCACUAACACAAGCCGGAGCGAAUGUGAAGAGCGUAUGGACCGGGUGGUGCUACUGCCGCCGCUGCCGGCCACGGAGCGGGAGACAGCGACAGUCCUCUUCACACAUCUGACCAUGACUGGAGACAAGCCUUGCAAACGCGAGCUCGGCAUGGGAGGCGAACCGGAUGUGUCCUUCGACAAGGCGGCCGCCCAGUUCGGCUGCGAGGUCCGCUCGCACGGCCCGGACCGGCCGCCGCCGCAGCGCCGGGUUUAUCACCGCACCUCUCCUCUGUCGCUGGAGCUGGACCAGCUCCCUGGCAACCAGCACCGCCCCAUUAGCCUUUUGGCGCUCGAACUGGACGCGGCGGCGCUGGCGCGCUUCCUCGAGCGGCCACCAGAGGCGCUGGCGCGGCGCGUGGAACAGCUGACCGUGCGGCUUAACCUGACGGCGGUGCUGGUACCUGACGGCCGGUCAGGGAAGCUGCAGGACGCGGCGAGGAAGCUUCGCCGGCGGCUAUACACCGGUCUGCUAGGGCUUCAAGAGCGGGGUUUCCACCUGUUCUCGGCGACCGCCGUGGAGAACUCAAACGGACAAGAUGUGACCGUGGCGGGGGGGUAG